AAAAACCCAAAACACCUUCAACAAAAACUCUUUAUCAAAUAUAUUAAAGCAAAAGACCAAAGACAUAUAUAUUAAAAAGUAAAAGCUAUGGCUAUGUUACUCAUUGCUGUAACUAUUUGUAUAAUUUUCUCUCUCAGCUUUCAUCAAUUUCAAGGCUACAACAACUCAACAAUUCUCUGACACCAAAACAUUAAAUUUGCUCCCAUGCCACUACAAAACAACAUAUUCUUUUACUCUUUUUUCUAAUAUAUUAUUAUUAUUAUACAUUUGUGUCCAAAUAUUAACGUUAUAAAAUAAACAAACAUGACUAAUUCAGUUCUGUUCUGUUUUUUGUUUCUCCUAAAUGCAUGGGAUGUAUGAACUAGAGUUACCCUUCUUUCCAUUCUUCCUCAUCCACUUGUACAUUUAGACUACACUUCAUAAUUAUUGUUCCUCUUUAAUAUGAGUGCCUAUACCAUUUAAAGCACCAACCCAACUACUCAAUUCCAUUGCCUUUUCUUUUUUAAUGUUUCUAUAGUAAUUUUACACUUACAUUUUCAUGGGGAAAAUUGGUGGAACAAGCUCUUGGUUGACUUUGGUCAAAAGGGCUUUCAGUUCUCCUUCUAAGGAUACUAAUGACAAAAGAACUAGUAGAAGAAGAGAAGAGGAAGAAGAAGAAGAAGAACAGCAACAAAAGAAGAGAGGAAAAAGGAGAUGGAUUUUCAAGAAACAGAAGCUGAAUCAGCAAGAAAAGAAAGCUACACAAAAUUGUGAAACAAGGACUAUAACAACUACUGCUAAGAUCAUUACAGCUCCUUCUUCUUCAUCAUCACAUGCUCUGGCUGUGGCAAUGGCCACAAGAGCAGCUACUAGACCUUCAAUGUACAUCAAAGACUUGGCUGCCAUGACUAUUCAGACUGCUUUCAGAGGAUAUUUGGCAAGAAGAGCUCUUAAAGCUCUAAAGGGGUUAGUAAAGUUGCAAGCUUUGGUAAGAGGACAUAAUGUUAGAAAACGCGCUAAGAUGACCCUUCAAUGCAUGCAAGCUCUGGUUCGAGUUCAAGCUCGGGUUUUGGAUCAACAGCGUAACAGAAGACUUUCUCUUGAAGAAAACUUUGAUUCUGCAUUUUAUAAUGUUAAUGCUAACAGAAACUCCCUUAUCACUAGAGAUGAAGAUGAUCAAUAUUCAGAAUCAUCAGAAAUGUUGGAGCAAAUUGAAGCCAUGAUAAGGAAAACAAAAGAAGCUACAAUGAAACGCGAAAGGGCUCUUACUAAUGCCUUUUCUCAACAGAUGUGGAGAAGUGAGUGUUGUGUGGACCAAGUUGAAAGUGAACCAGAACCAGAAGAGUACUGGACUAGGAGGACAAGUAGUCAAAAUAAGCAGUGGGAAUUGAGCACAACAAGAAGAGCUUCAUGUGAUCAUAUCAUAGACCCAAUUAAAACAGUUGAAAUUGACACAUAUCGACCUUACUCUAAUAAUAACUCAAACACCAACAUACUACCCCACCACAGAUCACAAAAUCACUAUCACCAAAGGCCAAAGAGUUAUUCCUAUUGUUACUCCACUCCUCCUCCAGCCCAACUCCAAUACCAAUACCAACAAUUCAUAACUCCAACACCAUCACCUUCAAAGCCUAAAAACCUUCACAGCUUGACCAACACUAUCAGCCCUCGUUGUACAUACAACACACCAACAACACCCUACAACUACAUGGCUGCAACGGCCUCAGCUAAGGCACGUUCGCGUUCUCAAAGUGCACCGAGGCAAAGGGGCUGCUCUACUACUGUGACCCCAGAAGCAGGGCCAUCAGCUAGAAAACGACUAUCAUUUGCUGUUGCUGAUGAGGCGAAUGGAAGCCACCGCACCAGCAACAGCAAUAGCAACUACCAGCAGCAGAGAUCGAGUGUUUCAUCUCGUUGCUCGGACAGCGAGACUUCUCCUCUCAGAGGCAAUGAGUUAAGGCAGCAGAGAAGGUGGGUUAGGUAGUAGACUAAGAGAUGUGUCCUUGGUUUCUGCAAUGAAUUGUAAUGGCUUGAAAAAAAUGUAUGGAAUGUUUCUGUUGCUACUGCACUAACAUUCCCUUUUUCUAUAAUCAUUAUAUCAUUGGUAAGAUAAUCAUAAUAAUAAUAACAAUUAAGAAAAAGUAACCAAAA